AGCAGUGACUGCCCAGGCACCGAAGUCUGGGCGCCACGUCCCGCCUCGUCCUGCGGCGCAACUUUCCCUCCGGAGCUGGGCUCCCUGCCCCCAACUCUGCUGACUCGGGCGAAGGAGGCAGAGGUAGGUCCCUGCUCCCAGCCUGCUGGGCCAGGCACCCGGAGUGAGGCAGCGGGCAGGGCCAAGACAGCACCUAACCCCGUGCACGCCUCGCACCCCGCCGUGCCAGCCGAGGGCUUGUGCCAGCCUUGCCCUGCACCCGCCGGCCCCGGCCAGGCCCGCGGAGGAACGAUGCGCCCUGGACACUGCUGCCCCUGGGCCAGGGGCCGUGCUGCUGCCCUGCUGCUCCUGGUCGCAGCCCUCUCCUCCCGCCCCGCGCUCGGGGAAAGGGGGCGGAAGAAGGUCGUCCACGUGCUGGAGGAUGACAGCGGGGCCGUGGUGGUGCAGACAGCCCCGGGGAAGGUGGUGACGCACCGGGGUGGCACCAUCAUCCUGCCCUGCCGCUACCACUACGAUGUGUCGGCCCACGACCCCGACGAGAUCCGCCUCAAGUGGACCAAGGUGACGGAGCCCAUGGCCUUCGUGGAUGUCUUCGUGGCCAUGGGCAAGGAGCGCCGCGCCUUCGGGGGCUACCAGGGGCGCACGGCCCUGCAGGAGGACGGCCCCGGUGACGCCUCCCUCAUCAUCCGCAACGUCACGCUGCAGGACUACGGGCGCUACGAGUGCGAGGUCACCAACGAGCUAGAAGACGACGCUGGCAUGGUCAAGCUGGACCUGGAAGGUGUGAUUUUCCCCUACCACCCGCGCCUUGGGCGCUACUCUCUCAACUACCAUGAAGCGCAGCAGGCAUGCCUGGAGCAGGACGGCAUCCUGGCCUCCUACGACCAGCUGCACCAGGCCUGGCUGGAGGGCCUGGACUGGUGCAACGCGGGCUGGCUGGACGACGGCUCCGUGCAGUACCCCAUCUCCCGGCCCCGGGAGCAGUGCGGCCGCAAGGACACGCCCGUCGGCGUCCGCAACUACGGCUACCGGCACAAGGACGACGAGCGCUACGACGCCUUCUGCUUCACCUCCAACCUCAACGGCAAAGUCUACUUCCUGAAGACCUACCGCAAGCUGAGCUACCCCGAGGCCGUGCAGGCCUGCAAGGACAACAGGGCAGUGGUGGCCAAGGUGGGGCAGCUCUACGCCGCCUGGAAGAUCCAGCUGCUGGACAGGUGCGAGGCCGGCUGGGUGGAGGACGGCAGCAUCCGCUACCCCAUCGUCAACCCCCGGGCGCGCUGCGGGGGCCGUGAGCCUGGCGUCCGCAACCUGGGCUUCCCGGACAAGAAGUACAAGCUCUUCGGGGUCUACUGCUUCAAGAAGGCGGGCGAGGUGGCCCCCAAGCAGGUGUCCAGCAAGGGGAGGCCUCUCUGGGUGUGAGGGGCAGGGGCUGUCCCCCCAGCCCGGACAGCGCUGCUCCUGCAGCCACCAGACACGUGCUCCAGUGGGAGACGGCGACCUUAGCAACUGCCCCCUCCAGCCCCCAGCCCCCGGCAGGCAGGACCGCAGCCCUGGCCACGGAGCGGUGGGCCCCGGCUCCUGGCUGUCAGCACUGCAGGCAGGACGGGAGCCCCCUCUCCCGCUUCCCGUGGCAGGGGCAGUCCUGGGCGCAGCAGGCCAAGGAGAGCGCUGGCAGGGGGUCCUCGCCCCACACCAGGGCAGCAAGGUGCCACGCGUGGGGCGGGGGGGUCAUUCUGCAACCGCUGCCCCUCACCGCCCUGCCCUGCAUCGCCCAUGCAGCCAGACUCCUCCCCUGGGGCUUGGAGGACCCCUCCCAGGCAUCCUCUGCUUGCACAGGGGCCAGGCUGGCCCAGGCCGCUGUCCCACAGCUUCCCAAGCCCCCUCAUCUACCCAGGUUGGGUUCGGCAGACCUGGCAGCGCUGCGGCGGGGCUGGCAGAGACCUUGCUGUGCUUCUCAGAGACCUGUGGGGUCAGGGCCUGGUGGGCUGGGCCAUGCCCUGGUGAUGACCCUCCACUGAGCGUGGCCUGGAGGCCAGACAUGCCGUGCGGAUGGACGAGCCAGAGGAGCACACGUGGCACAAUCCCAGCUGGGACACUGCCCGUGCCCACCCCCCCCCCGUGCCUCUGCCCUGCACCAUGCACUUUUCAAAGGAAGCUGAGGGGGAAACUGAGGCCCAGAGAGAGGAGGACCCUGGGUGUGCUCAUGCCCAGGCCAGUGCUCUGCCAGGGGGCACAGAGCCAUGGCAGAAGCUCAGCCUGCUGCCCCCUCUUCGAGGAGGAUGGGCACUGCCCGCUGGUGCAGACUCAGCACGUCUGGACCCGUCUCCCCAGUGCCGCCCUACCGGAGAGCAGGACCCAGAGGAUGACCGCCGGGGAGGCCCACGCGGGUGACCUGGCUGCAGCUUCCCGGGGCCGAGUUACAGCCAGGGGUCACAGAGCUUUUUCCAAGGGCUGGACAUCAGGUCUGACUUCCUCAUGACAGCCGGGGCACAGCACCAGCCUCCCUGCCCCGAGGGCAUGGCCUGUGUGGGGCUCAGCUCUGCAGGGUCAGUCACUGCUCUGGGUCCAUCCGCCUGGCUCCAGCUCUGAGACCCCUGCCAUAGCCAGCACCAGGACCAUGGGGCAUUGUUGUGCGGGAGCCCAUCCUGCCAGGGGCUGAGGGCCCAGACCUAGCAUGCCAGACAGAGCGAGGCGAAGGCCCAUGGUAAGAGCACCUGGUCUGGCUCUGAGUUCAGGGGGAGGUUACCCGGUGCCCGGGGUGGGGACCUGCCUUCCUGCCGCCCUGCAGAUCCCCCGGGGGGGUGUGCCAGGGGUCACGAGCCCCUCAGCUCCCGCUGCCCCUCCCUGCUCCAGUGCGGCGCCCACCCUCCCCGCUGCAUGCUGUGGCAGAGCCGCUGGACUCGCUGCAAAGCUGCCCAAGCAUGCUUUGGGUGCUAGCUGCAUGGCCUGCAUGCAUCGCUGCGCGAGGCCCUGCCAGACACUGCUAGGGAGGAAGGGGGGGCCAGUCGCUGGGGGCUGCCUCCAGCUCCGCUGGGGCCCCCUGCCCAUGCCGGGUCGGGGGUCGGGUGGGUGGUGGCUGUGGUGCCGACACCAGCUCUAGACACAAUAAAGGCCUGGCAGCUAAUGGAGACCCAUGGGCUCCCGCCUCUCUCUCCUCUGCAGCCUCCCCCACGCACUUCCCUCCUCACUCCCCGGUGCCUCCAGUGGGUCCCUCUCCAGGCUGGCACCCCACUGCCCGCUGGCACUUGAGGGU